AUGAUAACACGCGCGGACAACUUGUUUUUCUUUCUUUCUUUCUUUCUUUCAGUCUUUCUUUUUUAUUUCUUUCAGAUUUUCAUUAUUUCUUUUUUCUUUCAGUCUUUCUUCCUUUCUUUCUUUCUUUUUUACUUCUUUCUUUCUUUUUUACUUUCUUUCUUUUUCUUUUUUCUUUCUUUCAGUCUUUCUUUCUUUUUUCUUUCUUUCUUUCUUUCUUUUAGUGUUUCUUUCUUUCUUUCUUUCUUUCUUUCUUUUACUUUCUUUCGUUCUUUCUUUCUUUUUUACUUCUUUCUUUCUUUUUUACUUUCUUUUUUCUUUUUUACUUCUUUUUUUCUUUCUUUCUUUCUUUUUUACUUACAUUCUUUCUUUUUUACUUUCUUUUUCUUUUUUCUUUCUUUCAGUCUUUCUUUCUUUCUUUUUUCUUUCUUUCUUUCUUUCUUUCUUUCUUUCUUACAUUCAGUCUUUCUUUCUUUCUUUCUUUCUUUCUUUCUUUCUUUUUACUUUCUUCCGUUCUUUCUUUUUUACUUCUUUCUUUUUUACUUUCUUUCUUUUUUUACUUUCUUUUUUCUUUUUUUUUUCCUUUCUUUCUUUCAGUCUUUCUUGCUUUUUUUCAAUCUUUCUUUCUUUCUUUCUUUCUUUCUUUCUUUCUUUCUUUCUUUCUUAUGUCGUUACUACACCACUAUCAACAUUUUAUAA